GCUGCCACCGCCUCCUCCUCCUCCGCCUCUCCCCCCGGGGUCGGUCGGCUGCCCUCCGUCCCGCCUGGCUUGCGAGCCGACGCCUGCGGCUGCCCUGUCCCCGCGAGCGAGUGACCGACCCGGCCGGCAGCAGCAGCAGCGGCGAGCAUGGAGCGGGCCGCGCUCUUCGGGAACGGCCGGGAGACGCCGAUGGCUGCGGGGGACGUGGGCGAGCUCCUGAUCCCUUACAUGCCCACCAUCCGGGUGCCCAAGACCGGCGACCGCGUCUACAAGACCGAGUGCGCCUUCUCCUACGACUCGCCGUAUUCUGAAGGAGGUCUCUAUGUGUGCAUGAAGACUUUCCUGGGAUUUGGAAGGGAACAUGUGGAAAGGCAUUACCGGAAGACGGGACAGUGCGUGUUCAUGCACUUGAAGCGGCACACGAGAGAGAAGGUAACAGGGGCAUCUGGUGGAGCUUUACCAAAAAGGAGAAACACCAAGCUAUUUUUAGAUCUCGAAUCCAACGGCGAUUUAAACAACGACGAUUACGAAUACGAGGAUGAAGCCAAACUUGUCAUAUUCCCCGAUCACUAUGAGAUCCCUUUGCCCAAUAUAGAAGAGUUACCUGCACUGGUCACCAUAGCUUGCGAUGCGGUCCUCAGUUCAAAAUCUCCUUAUCGAAAGCAAGAUCCCGACUCCUGGGAGGAAGAGCCGCAAGUUUCCAAACACGCCAAUAGUCUUGUACAGAUGGAUAAUGGAGUCAGGAUUCCACCAAGUGGCUGGAAAUGCUCGAAGUGUGACUUGCGGGAGAACCUUUGGCUGAACCUGACGGAUGGGUCAGUACUAUGUGGAAAGUGGUUCUUUGAUGGCAGCGGGGGAAAUGGACAUGCCCUGGAACACUAUAAGGAGAUGGGCUAUCCCUUAGCGGUGAAGCUCGGAACGAUUACUCCAGAUGGUGCAGGCGUCUAUUCCUUUGAUGAAGAGGAGCCAGUGUUGGACCCACACAUAGCUAAACACUUGGGGCAUUUUGGGAUUGAUAUGCUGCAGAUGCAGGCGACAGAGAACAGCCUGAGGGACAAUGACAUGAAGCCCAGGGUCUCUGAAUGGGAAGUGAUCCAGGAAUCUGGUAUGAAGCUGAAGCCGAUGUAUGGCCCAGGCUACACUGGCAUGAAAAAUGUGGGCAACAGCUGUUACAUCAGCAGCAUCAUGCAGGCCAUUUUCAGCAUCCCCGAAUUUCAGAGAGCGUACGUGGGAAACCUUCCAAGGAUAUUUGACUAUUCCCCUCUGGACCCAACCCAAGAUUUUAAUACACAGAUGGCUAAAUUGGGACACGGCCUCCUCUCAGGGCAGUACUCCAAACCACCUGUCAAAUCCGAACUCAUCGAACAGGUGAUGAAAGAAGAACACAAGCCUCAGCACAACGGCAUUUCCCCGCGCAUGUUCAAAGCUUUUGUAAGCAAAGGGCACCCAGAAUUCUCUUCCAGUCGGCAACAAGACGCACAGGAGUUUUUCCUGCACCUUAUGAAUUUAAUAGAGGUGAGCAAAGAUGAACUGAUCGCCUACGAGCUGAAGAGGAGAGAAGCAGAAUCGGCCAGGAGGCCACCUCCGGAGCUCGUUCGUGCCCGGAUCCCGUUCCGUGCCUGUUUGCAGGGUUUUUCAGAACCAGAGAAUGUAGCAGACUUCUGGAGCAGUGCCCUUCAGGCCAAGUCUGCCGGAGUUAAAACCUCUCGCUUCGCAUCAUUUCCUGAGUACCUCAUAGUACAGAUAAAGAAAUUCACUUUUGGCCUUGACUGGAUACCCAAAAAGCUUGAUGUUUCCAUAGACGUGCCAGAUCUUCUGGACAUCAGUCACCUCCGCGCCACUGGCCUGCAGCCAGGAGAGGAGGAACUUCCAGACAUCUCUCCGCCCAUUAUCAUUCCUGAUGACCCCAAAGAUGGCAUGAUGAACCAUUUCAUGGACCCUCCAGACAUUGACGAAUCUUCGGUCAUGCAGCUAGCAGAAAUGGGUUUUCCGCUUGAAGCGUGUCGGAAGGCCGUCUACUACACCGGCAACAUGGGCGCUGAGGUGGCUUUCAACUGGAUCAUUGCCCACAUGGAAGAACCAGAUUUUGCAGAGCCAUUAGCCAUUCCCGGCUACGGAGCAGCUGCUUAUCCGGGGUUAGGGGAUCCGGGGGCUCUUGGGCUGAAUAACCAGCCUCCAGAAGAGAUGGUGGCCAUCAUUGUCUCCAUGGGUUUCCAGCGGAAUGUUGCUAUCCAGGCAUUACGGGCAAUGAAUAAUAAUUUGGAGCAUGCAAUAGACUGGAUCUUCAGUCACCCAGAUCCCGAAGGGAACGAAACCACUUCUGAGGCUAUGGACAUGGAGAACCACGUGAAUGCCAACAUCCUUGCAGAAUCCGCUCCGGAGGGGCCCAGGAUCAAAGAUGGGUCUGGACGAUAUGAGCUCUUCGGGUUCGUCAGUCACAUGGGAACAUCAACAAUGAGUGGCCACUAUGUUUGCCAUCUCAAAAAGGAGGGAAGAUGGGCGAUCUACAAUGACCUGAAAGUCUGUGCCUCCGAGCGACCACCCAAAGAGCUGGGCUAUAUCUACUUCUAUCGCAGGAUACCACGUUAGGCCUCAGGCGUGUCUCUGGGCCUUAGGAAGCCAUAGCCUUUUUAUUCUGCCAAAUAUAUAUAGACACACAUAUAUAUAUUUCAAAGAAGCAAAGCCUUUGGACUGCCAAAAAAAGGAAAACAUUUGGGGUACUAUUUAUAGGUUAAAUCAGGAUCAGUUGUUUGAUGCCUUCUUAAAUAUUAGCUGGGGGGGGGAACCUUAGGUCAUGGUGCAUUGUAGGAUUUUUAAAUUUGUAUACAUUUUUUUUCCUGUGGAGACUACAAGACUGUUCUGAUCACUAGUGGAGUUUGCAGCAAAGCAUCCGGAGAACGGGAGGCUGUUCCUGGACUCUGAAACAUCCACCUGACCUUUGGCCUGCCAAGACCUGAUUGAAUCACGUAGGCCGUGGUGCUUUCCCAGCUAGAACCAAAGCUGUCUUUUCCAAAUUUAGCAGGGGAUCUGUUGGCUGGCACAAAACCCAGCGAAACCAUGAGCUCUGCCGUGUAUGUCCAUGGUUUAAAGAACAGAAUAGGUCCCUUGGUGUGCCUCAGAAAUCUCAUGGCCCAGAUUCGUUUGCCCGAAACAAUCCUUCAGAUUAAGGUUAACUAGCGAUGCUACGAAAAUUCAGUAUCACCACAUAGAAUGUUUGGAUAUUUGUUUUUAAAAAAAGAAUGGCGCUUUGGUUGAUGAUUGAAAACACACCUGCAGCUUCUCUGCCCUAAGAACUGCAAACUGCUGAUGGCAGAAAAGCUCCUUUAUUGUGAAAGUGAUGAUCCAUUCACUUCAGUAGAGGCACAUUUGUACCUGGAUCUGCUGUGGUUGAGGACAAACUCACAUGUGUGUGUGUGUGUGGAUGCAUGCGCAUGCAUCAGGCCUCCAUGUCGGGUUCUGGAUGGGCAAAUUUGAUUUUAGUUGUUUUUUUCCUCCUCGGGCAUGACUGCAAGUUAACACUACGAAAAUG